CAAAAGAAAUUUUGUUGUCUUUCGUUUUCAUCAUUUUCUUGAUUUCUUGAAUUAAAAAAAGGAAAAAGAAAAUGGACGACAAAUCUCAAAUCCCACACGGCGGUCUGACGGCGGAGGAACACGCGCAGCUGGAGCACGUCAUCCGCACCCACCACCUGUUCGACGCAUUGCCCAACACCUGCACAUCCCUCAUCACGCAGCGGAUCGACGCGCCGGCGGAGUCGGUGUGGCCGCUGGUCCGCCGCUUCGACAACCCCCAGACCUACAAGCACUUCAUCAAGAGCUGCCGCCUCGUCGGCGACGGCGGCGUGGGCAGCAUCCGCGAGCUGACGGUGGUCUCCGGCCUCCCCGCCACCACCUCCACCGAGCGGCUGGAGAUCCUCGACGACGAGCGCCACGUGCUCAGCUUCCGGGUCGUCGGCGGCGAGCACCGCCUGAGCAACUACCGGUCGGUGACAUCGGUCAACGAGCUGGUCAAAGACGGCGGAAGAACAGUAUACACGGUUGUGGUGGAAUCGUAUAUUGUGGAUAUACCGGAGGGCAACACCGGGGAAGAUACGAAAAUGUUUACUGACACGGUGGUGAAACUGAAUCUCCAGAAACUCGGUGUAGUGGCGGUAGCAAAUUUGCAUGGGCACGAAUGAAAUGAAAUGAAAUGAAAAUUAAAUCGAAAUGAAAAUUUGGUUUUGGGGGUGAAUGUAUUCAGUCAUUCUUGAUUGUUCGUCUCUUUGACCUUUGAGACUCGGCGAAUCUGUAAUAGUGGUACAAACUACAAUGCCCAAGGUACAAACAUCUUUAAUAAUGGUGAUUAUUAAUUAGUGGUGGCGGUAAUUUCUAUUGAUCAUAUAGUUUUAAUUUUAGUGUUUCUUUUUAAUUCGUUGCUGGUAUUGAAUUUCUUUAAUAAUUCAUAAUCGAAUUUGAUUUUAUUUUUUAUUUUUCAUUAUUCAUUUUUAAUUUACAUAGAUGAUUGGUUAAUCUUGGAUAAGUGUACGUGGUCUUCAUUAACAGUACUUUUUCCAGUGUUUAAUUAAUUUGAUUAUUCUGCAUGUGGUGAAUCUUGGAAUUAUAGCAUUUUUUUGGGUGA